GCUAUAUCUAGAAAUGAGGAAAGAGUUUUUUAUUUGGGAAAGGGCGAAAAGAUAGUAUAAGGAAUAAGUGAGUGAAACAUGCCCAUAUAUUGAAAUAUAAACCCCACACAGGCAACCAGCCAAGUAUUAAAAAAAACAAAUGGUCACGAAAAGAAAUACAUAUCAGCACGUGAGAUAGCCUACUGGAGUUUAUUGUGGAUUUUUUUCCCGGACAAUCAACGUCUGUGUCUUAAUUGUAUAAAGGAAAAAAAGUCAGAUAUCAUGAUGGUUGACGUUUGGAGAUCUUUAAUUCCAUUCACAGCUCGGCACAGGAAGUGAUCUAAUGACAGUGUCCCCGGAAGCUUCUCUGGCUCCAAUGUGAAAGUAAGACCUAAAAUAGCGGCAGAAAAUUUGUUUAUUUACACAUGAAACAGACUUUCGAAAUCUGACGGGAUGCCUCCACGUGUCGAUGACGUCAUGCAGCUGUGCUGCAAGCUUUCGGACAAUCAGCGCAUAAAAGCAGCGGUGAAGCAUUCUGGAAAAGGGGCUAUGAUGGCUGGGGCUAUUGCAUUUGCAGGAGGGCUGGUGGGGGGCCCUCCGGGAAUAGCGGUUGGCGGUGCGGUGGGCGGGUCGCUGGGAUACUGGAAGACCAGAGGACAGUUCAAGCCACUUCCCCAGAUCAUCAUGGAGCUGCCCAUGCAGGAGCAGCAGAAGCUGUAUGCAGACAUCAUGGCCGUCCUGGGCUCGCUCGACUGGACGGACGCGGCGCAGCUGACAGCGCUCGUCAUGGGCAACGCCACGCUCCAGCAGCAGGUGACGGCCGCCCUGCUCGGCUACGUGACCCAGACUCUCCGGGCAGAGGUGCAGUACGAGGACUGACCUCGCUGGAUGUGGCUCCUCUUUGGUUUCUCUUCUGGGAAGAUGUUCACUCUGUGUAUAAAGGCAAAACCAAUGCAAGCUCCAUCACAUGAAAUGUUGAUCAAGGAAAUAACACUUAAUGAUAGUAUGAAUUCUUGGCCGUCUUCUGCAUGUAUCACUCCAUACUCCUACUUUGAUUUGACACUCCAGCACAGCACAUGCAGGCCAGCAGCAAUAUGACUGCAGCCUGUGGCUAAUUAUGGACAUACAACCCCAACUGGCCAGUUUUCCUCAAUGAAACUCAACUGGAAUUGACAAUCGUAGUUUAUUGUAAGAAUAACAAUUAUUGUAAACAACUUGGUUAGAUGGCAAGUUCUCAAAACUCUAGUUGAAAAUCCGCAUAUAAGGAACAAUCAAGUAAUCUUCUUACCUGUGCUGUUUGAAUUAGCAGUGGUGGUAAAAUAUGAAGGUGUAUAUGACAUCAUAUGAAGUGUAUAUGGCCUCAAGGGAGGGGAGCAUCUUGUUUAGCUCAUUGAUCUCAUGAACAGUUUCUUGCAAAAUGGCUUUUUUGUACAAGUCUGGUGAUCAGCAGAUUUGGGUAGGGGGUCCAAUGAGCAGACCGUAUAGUCGAUAACCAAACCCUGAUGGAACAAGGGCCAUAGUAAAAAAAAUAAUAAAUAAUUCAAAUACGCACAUGUCAGACAAGUUUUGGCCAAGGGGAUGUCAGAGGUUUUUGUCCAUAAGAGAAAAGAAACUGAAUAGCUGGUUGUGCCUUUGGACAGUUUAUUGCUUUGUCAGUGCCUAAUUUAACAUUUACAGUCAUUGUAUACAGUGGGGACAUUAUUAUACUGAGGUAAAUAAAUCAUGUGUCUGCAAUAAAAUAUGGUUUUUGAAAACUAUUAAUUCACA